AGACAGGGCGGCCCGUUACCAAGCACUGCACCGCGCGCAGGGUCUGACAACGACGACAGCAGCAGCAGCAGCAGCAGCAGCGGGCAUUGACAGAGGGACAAGAGCCAGCGUGAUAACAACACAGACACUUCUGAAUACAGUCGGGGAUGGCAGUGAAUGUGUACGCCACUUCGGUGUCCAUUGACAACCUCAGCCGGCAUGACAUGCUGGCGUGGGUCAAUGACUCUUUGCAUCUCACCUACACAAAGAUUGAACAGCUAUGUUCAGGAGCGGCAUAUUGCCAGUUCAUGGACAUGCUGUUUCCAGGUUGUAUCCUUCUGAAGAAGGUCAAAUUUCAAGCCAAGCUGGAGCAUGAAUCUAUACACAACUUCAAAGUUCUUCAGGCAGCUUUCAAAAGGAUGAGUGUGGACAAAAUUAUUCCUGUAGAAAAGCUCGUAAAAGGGAAGUUCCAGGACAACUUUGAAUUCGUGCAGUGGUUCAAGAAGUUCUUCGACGCCAACUACGACGGGAAGGAGUACGACCCUUUACUAGCCAGACAGGGGCAAGACGUGGCCCCUGCCCCCAACCCAGGUGAUCACUUUAUCCACAGACCAAAGAGAAACGCAGGACCACAGAGGACAUCUCCAACAGUUCCCAAAAACAUGCCCACACCACAGCGGGUCCAACACAGCACUCCAGCUAUGAGAAAGAAUCCAUCUUUGUCUAGAAACGGGGGCAGUGAUGCUGAGAUCAUGGAGCUAAAUCAACAGCUGAUGGAGUUGAAGUUGACCGUUGACGGGUUAGAGAAGGAGAGAGACUUCUACUUCAGCAAACUACGAGACAUUGAGCUCAUCUGCCAGGAACACGAGAGCGAAAACAACUCCGUCCUCAGCAAGAUUAUCGACAUUCUCUACGCAACAGAGGAUGGUUUUGCACCUCCCGAGGAUGAAGAGUUGGAUGAACAAGCUCACUUGGACCAGGAUGAAUACUGAACCCUUCAUGCCCCUCCCCCAUGAAAACAUCCCCAUCUUUCCCUCUUUCUUUUUCUUUUUGCCCUCAGUAGUUUUCUACUCUGCACGCGCUAUAAAUACCCACCAUUAUCCCUGCUCUCUGUCUUUCUUUUCCUUUCUUUCUCAUGUAUAUCUGUCCUUAACCUCCCCCAUCCUCCCUCUGGCCGUCUGUACACAACUACUCUUCAUCAUCAGUCGCUGCUCCUCCCUGCCUCACUUACACACCAAUAAUAACAGUCAUGUUCCACAUCUCCAAGUCAUUUCAGCAUGAGUAACGCAGAUAUUUGAGCCAAGCCUGGCAUGGAGGUUGUAAUGGCAAACAGUGGAUUUUGAGUCUGUAAAUAUUACUGGCAUUGGGAUUUCUGAAAGAACAAUGUCUCUGCUUGUUAUGGGGUUAUUUAUUUGCCUUUGGUGCGCUGUGAUACUUCUAAUGGAGCGCUGAACAACACUGCUCCAAUGUGCCAUGAGGUCACUCCCAAGAGCUACUAAAAACUGUAACAAAAGUGACUUUUUAAAUAGCGUUUUCUUAUUUAUUUAACUUAUAUUUCACUAAGAUUAACUUUCUGUAGCAACAUUGGUGCAUACCCUACUGUACAUGAAUGAAAAGCUGAGGCCAUGUGUGUAAUAUCAGUUACAGUUUGUGCUUGAAGCAGAAUCAAGCUUUCAGUUUUUGUUAUGGUGGGUUCAUGGCAUGUAGAAAACGCUGGAGGAAAUUCUUAGGUGCAAUGACUCAAGGCAUAUGAUCAGUGCUCUGCGAUUAUUCAUUGUUGAUCAGCAACAUAUCUGAGCAUGAGAAUGUUACACAUUGACUGUGAAUGAGUGAUAUUUUGUAUAUGUAUUUUGUGUGGAGAUUUUGUCUGAUGUUGCACGAUGCUGAUUAUUUACCGCUGUCUCAUUUUGGGCCUUCAUGCAGAAGCCCAUGAGUUUAAAACUUAGAGGUGGGAAAACCACCUGCAGACUGACAACAUGGUUAGAGAUUGUAGCAGUUAAAAUGUGUUAAUCUAAAAUAUAAGGGAGCCCAAAAACUGAAUUAAUAUAGACCCAUAAUCACAUAACAGCUUUUGUUAUUUUUCCCCUGAAAACCCUUUUUAUUGGGUUCCCAGGAUGUAUGAGUUGUAGUUUGGAAGGAAGUCAGUAUAAAGAGAUUAGUGACAUUGUAGGCAUCCAGUUUAACCAAGGAAGUCCCCUUGUCCUUCCCUAGCUUUUUUUACUUUGUAAACUGGCUGUCGUCUGCUCUGGAACUUGCAUUCAUUAACCAUGUAAACAUCUACAGAACACUCAUCUUCUGAGUUUUGAAUAAAUAAACAGUUGUGAAAUA